CCCGUUCCCCCGCAUACCACAGCAUCGUCGAAACUCUCUCGGACCUUGGAGGGUCACAUUUACCCAAAACUUCUUUUCAAAUGGGCCCCGUCGCCUAGCGUUCACUCCCCCAGCCUCGCCGACUGAUAGAAGUGAGUGCUCCCGAACAUCAAGCACGUCUGGGUCCGCACAAGGGUUCCAUCAGCACAGUGUACAGCGACCAACGGACCAACAAUGGCAGCUAUCCCAGCAGGGGGGUCUCUCGUGGCGACCACUGACUACUACCGAAGGCGCAUCGGCUCUACGUCCAGCAGCAGCUCGUGUGGCAGUUCGGAGUACAGCGGCGAGGUCAUCCCUCACCAUCCAGGACUGCCUAAGCAGGACUCUGGCCACUGGUGGUCCAGCUUCUUCUUCGGGAAGCAGCCAGGGAUGACCCCACUGACUGAGGAGGCACAGCACAAGGCGGGGGUCUCGGGUGUGGUGACGAAUGGUCAAAUCACCUGCGUCGCCCGGGAGAUGGUGAUGCAGCGGCAGGCGAGCGAGAGCAGCGACGCAGGUAGCCCCACCUCCUCGUGAUCCCGCGGUCUCUCUCGGUCCACGCCACCACACCUGAUCGGGGGGAAUCGAACCAUCAGCCAACGCUAGGUGACGGGAGGAAGUCCCGUUGACAGCCUUAGUUUCUUUUUCUUUUUUUCUUUUGUACGUGUCGUAGUGUGGCUGCGUCUUCUGUUCCUGUAACCUCACUUUUUAAAUUAAUGACCAAAAAUAAAGUAAAAAAAAAAAGAGAAGCAGCCAAUAAGCUCUGUUUGUUUUUAACAUUUGUAAUGUGUGUUUGUACCAUUCAGCCUGAAGGUGGCGCUGCCACAGGCUUUUCUUAACCUUUCUCACUUUGUCACUGCAAACGAAAUAAAGUCGAGUGCAGCCCGA